AUGUCUAUGAAUAACCCUGUCAAUGUUCAUAAUGUCAUCACCUAUAAUAUGUUUCUGACACUUCGUUCAAGGACUUGUGGAUUUAGCAUGGAAAAGAGUAUCACAUAUUCCUAUACAGAAGAAGAAGAAUCUGAGCAGAAGAAACAGAAGUUUGAAAUGGAUACUUCAACCAUGAAAAAGAAAUUUAGAACAAGCACGGAAGAGUAUGCGGAUAUUCCAGUUUCAUCUCUUGAUCUUUCAAUAGCCAGAGCAGAACAAACCUUGAGGUCCACAUUUUAUCGCAUACCACAAUUUGAUGUGAAAGACUUGUGGUUGGAAACCAGGGAGCAAAGAAAAGCUGGAUUCAGGAAUAAUAUGGAGAAGAUGGAAGUUAAGGUGCUCCAGGCCUGCAGAGCAUUACGUGUAAGGGCUGAUCGCAAAGCCUCAUACAGGAGGGCUGAAGAAAAAUCAAGACAGAUGAAAGAGUUCAGAGAGCUGUGUGCAAGACGUGCACCUAUAUUCUGGGUCCCACUCAGGGCACAUUGUGUGUGGGAGAGGAUGUCUGUCACACUAGCGUGUACUGUAAUGGGCACGCCUAGGCCAUCUGUACAGUGGUUUAAAAAUGGCCAACCUAUUGAACUGAGAACUUCACCUCCUGGAAAAUAUAGGAUACUUAAUGAAUAUGGCAUGUUAACUCUAGAGAUCCGCAGAUGUUCAAUAGAAGAUUCUGCUGACUACAGUGUUGUGGCUACCAAUGAUUUCGGCCAGGCAACCUCCUUCGCUAAUAUGCUUGUAAAACAAUAUCAAGGAUUAAAAGCAGGCUGGGACUCAGUCUCAUAUCCCGCUUUGUUGCCAGCCUAUGAAGGAGAGUUCACAAGUGUCUUGGGGCCUGUGUUUACCAGAGAGAAGGAAUCAUUUGCCCUGUCUUGUUCUGUUUCCUCCAGCCUUAGGAGACACAAGCCAAGCGUCCAGUGGUUUAGGGAUGAAACAUUACUGAAAGAGACAGAACACAGGGAAAUAAGCUGUGAGGGCUGUGAAAUUUCUCUACGUGGAUCCCCAACUUUCAAAGAAGAUGAAGGAUUCUAUACAGUCAGUGUGCCUGCUGCAUCUGGACAUCAGGAGCAAACUACCUAUAUGUUUGUAAGAGAUGCUGAGCCAGAGAAGGCUGGUGUGCCAGGAUCCCCACUCUGUGUGCAGUGCCACGAUAUACAGAUUGAUUGUCUAGUGUUAUCAUGGAUUCCUCCAAGUGAUGAUAGAGGCAGUCCUGUAUGUGGUUACUACAUUGAGAGCUUUGAUGCCGCAACAAAACAGUGGAUAAGAUGCAAUGAAAUUCCAGCCAAGAUCUGCCGAUAUCCUUUAUCUGGUCUUAUUCCUGGGCAUACAUAUCAGUUCAGAGUAAGAGCACUCAACCAGAUUGGUGUCAGCCAUCCAUCAAAAUCAAGUGACCCUGUGACUACAAGAGAUCCGGCACAGGAGGAAAGAAAAAUAGUAAUUCCAUAUAACGAAGGAAGGAAAAUCAUUGUAAAUAAAGAUGAAUUGGAAGAAGAUGUCAAAGUGCCAUCACCUCCAAGAAAUGUUCAUGCUUCUGAGGUCACAGAGGACUAUGUUGUACUUUGCUGGGAUGAACCAGAUCCUCGUGGCAAGGAGCCUCCAAAAUACUACGUAGAAAAGUCUGUUGAAGGAACCAACAAAUGGGAGAGGAUAAACCUGGAAGGACCAGUGUCUUCUCCGAGGCUUUCUGUGAUGGAUCUUCAUAAAAACAAAUCAUACAGUUUCCGGGUACAAGCUGUCAACAAAUAUGGAGUCAGUGAUCAAUCCGAGGCUAGUGCACCCAUCAUUCUUAAAACAUCAUUAGCUCUUCCUCCACCACCUGAGCACAUUUUAGCACUCAGAGAUACAAAGACAUCUGCCCUAGUGCAGUGGGGUAAGGUUGAAGCUAUUCCAGAGAUUAUUGGCUAUUACCUUUACAGCCGAAUGUUGGGUGAAGAGGACUGGCAACCAGUAAACAACAAGCCCCUACAGUCUACUCGGUUUACUGUUCCUGAGUUGCAAACUGGGAAAGACUAUGAGUUCUGCGUGAGGGCAGUAAAUGAAGCUGGACUGAGUGAACGGUCACCCGUAUCAAACCCCCUGAAUAUAAAUGAGGCUAUUUACUGUCCUUCUGCUCCUUAUGAUUUUGCUCUCCUGAGCUGUGGUAAAGAUGAAAUGACCAUAUGUUGGAAGGCUCCUAAAUUUACAGCAGGGAGGGAAAUUCUAGGAUACUUUCUGGAUCAGCAUGAUUCUAUAGAGUUGUCAUGGCGAGAUGUCGGUAAUGAACAGAUUCCUUCCAGGGUUUAUAAGGUGACAGGCCUAACUGAGGGGCAUUUUUAUGAGUUUCGUGCUCGAGCAAUAAAUAUGGCUGGUGUUGGAAAGAUGUCGGAGCCAAGUGAUCUUUUUAAAUGUGAGGAGUGGACAAUGGCUGAACCAGGUCCCCCUUAUGAUGUCCGAUCUAGAGAAGUACGUGAUAGCACACUGAUGCUCCACUGGGAGCCCCCUGUGUAUACUGGGGACAGCCCAGUCAAUGGCUACAUAGUAGAAGUAUGUGAGGAGGGCACUAAAGCUUGGAGGAAGAUUAAUGAGGAGCCCAUUUUGGAAUCCCAUAUGAGGCUCUCUGAAUUGAAUACAGAUAAAAGUUAUCAGUUCCGUGUCCUUGCUGUUAACACAUCUGGGCCUGGGAUUCCAUCUCUCCCAUCUGAUCCUGUUGUGCCUGCAACUAAAGAAGGCACAAAUGAAAUUGAGGUUGGAGUAGACGAGGACGGAUUUAUUUACCUUUCAUUUGAAAACCCAGAGCCAGUUGACAAUCCACAGUUCCUCUGGUCCAAGGACUACAAGGGCGCCCCAGACUCAGAGAGAACAGAAGUUUCUACAGAUGGAAAUAAGUCCAAACUUAUUCUAACAAACCCUUCUGAAGAAGAUGAAGGCAUCUAUUCCGUUGAAGUUCCAAAUACAGAUGGUGUGUCUGCAAGUCACACACUAACAAAGGAAGAAUUAGAGGGACUGAUGCGCAAAAGCCAUGAUGUGCGACAUCCAUUGAUACAGAAAAUCUCAGGCUGGAAUGUGGAAGUACUGGAGGAUGGGAACGUGCGCCUAUGGUUACAAGUAGAAAAACUGUCCCCUGCUGCGGAUUUAGAGAUGAUUCUUAACGACAAAGUCAUCCAAAACACACCGAAACGAAAAAUAACAUUUGACAAGGAAAAUGGACUUAUUGAAAUAAUUAAGGAAGACUUUGGUGAAGAGGAUAAAGGAACAUAUACUGCAAAAUUAGUAGAUGGAAAAGCAUCAAACCAGAUCAGUGUUACCCUUACUGGGGAAGAUUUUAAUAAAGUUUUUGAUGAGUCCCAAAAGAAGCAAAAGGCAUGGAAGAGAAAGAACGGACCACAUUUUGAAGAGCAGCUGCAGUGGAAGGUGACAGAAGACUGCCAUGUUAUUAUAACAUGCAAGGUGACAAAUACUAACAAAGAGACAACCCUCAAAUGGUGCAUGGACAAGAAACCACUAUCUAAUGGACAAUACGAUAAUCAAACUGGUUCAGGGACACUUGUAAUUAAAAAGGUUACAAAUGAACAUAAAGGACUUUACAAAGCUGUAGUAAAAGAUAGCAGAGGAGAAGACACAACUGAAAUGGAUCUUACCAAGGAAGGUUUUGAAGAUAUAAUGCAUGAAAUUUGUAGAAUAAGUGCAUUGUCUGCCUCCCCGCUGAAAUGUAAAGGCACAGCUGAAGGAAUUAAGAUCUACAGCGAUGUGAAAUACUUCACAGAGAGCAUGAAUCCUGUAUGGCACCACAAAGAUAAGAAAUUAAGCAGUACAGAGCGACUUAAAUCAGGAAGCACAAUGGAACAGGUUUGGCUGCACAUAACAAAUCCGAUGGAUUCAGAUCGGGGCCUGUACACUCUGGAACUGUUUGAUGGCAAUGACAUUCAUAAGCGAACUCUUGACCUGAGUGGUAAAGUAUUUGAUGAUGCAAUAGGCGACCAACAGAAAUGCAAGGAAGUUGAAAUAAUAGAAAAAAAUCGUGCUAAAGUGGUCCGAGGUCUUCCAGAUCUGGCAACAAUAAUGAUGGACAAGACUUUGUGUUUGACAUGCCACAUAUCUGGAGACCCUGCUCCUGAAGUCUCCUGGCUAAAGAAUGAGAAGAAAGUGAUAUUCAAAGAUCGUUACAAACUUGAUGUGAAGGGUACUGUGGUAACUAUGACCAUAGAGAAGAUCUGUGCUGAAGAUUCAGGCCGAUAUUGUAUAACUGUGAAAAAUAAAUAUGGAUCAGAAGUUGGGCAGGUGACUGUAAGUGUAUUUAAGCAUGGUGAGGAGCCGGAAGAACUGAAGAACUCAAUGAACAUAACUGCAAAUCUAGAGUCGCUGAUGACACCAUGA